AUGAAAGUUUUUAAUACAAAACUUCAAACGGUAUUGAAAGAACAACUUAUAGCAGAAGGGCACCCAUUACCAUCAGAAGUUAGCAUAGCAUAUAAUUUUGAAACAAAUGCAAUAGAUUUUAAAGUCGUCUCUGCAAAGAAGUCAGGAUUUACAUUUAAUGAAGCAGAUGUCUAUUCGAAUGAAAACUUCAAAGCUAUUGCAUGGUUAGAUAAUGACGAUUGCUUUAAGAAAAUCUUUAAAUUCAGUGACUCAAAGAUGUCACUAGAUGACCUUCGUGGAAUGUUACCAUCGACGUUUACAGUAGAAGGUUCAGCAGGAUUGCUUACAAGAUUGUCAAUUGGUGGUAUUUGGUCUCGUGAGAACAUUGUUAUAAAAUCCAGUAUAAGUGAAUUUGCUGAAGAAUCUAUAUUAUGUCUUUCAAACUAUAUGUAUUCGCCGCCGAAGCAUUAUAGUAUAACAAACUUUGUCAGUAAGUUUAACAUAAGACUUGUCGAACCUUCUUCAAUGAAAGAUGUUGUGCUACCUAAAGAUGGAAAGGAUGGACUCAUUAUUGAGAUGAUUUUAAUAGCAUAUUAA